AAGUAUUUCAGGAAUUUUUACAUAUUUGGUAUUUUGGCAAACCUAAUUUGAAGAAAACAUAAGUUAAAGAAAUUUCGCCUAAAUAUGUUUUAAAUUUUGAAUUUGUGUCCACUGUGACCCUUUCUCUCACACUCUGUUUAACUCUCGGAGAGCACGAUACGGCAUUACCAUUCACCUACUAGCCACGAACUAUCGCACGCACCCACCACUGAGCAGUGCUGCCCUGGUUGACUUGUGCCGCCCUGGUCCGAUUGCUCUGGUCCGUCAGAAAAAAACAAGUGGAAAAGCAAGAAAAAUCACAUUUAAAAAUUGCACAAAAUUAGAGUUAAACUAAACUCAUUAACGAGGUGAACUGAAAAUGUAAGCAAAAACAGUCGUUAAAGCAAACGAGCGCGAUUCGGAGGCAGUGUAUGCUGCAAAUGCAAGCUGCACAUGUAUGUGUAUACGCGUGAGUGUGCGUUUGCGUAGGAGGCACCAAAAUAACAACAGCAAUCGCAGUAGCAACAAAGAAUCGGAAUCGAACUCGUACUCGUACUCGAAAUCGGGUUAGCCACUACCAUAUGUCAGCAGAGGAAACAGCAGUGCCAAUGCCCAGCCAAUAAAUUCCCAAGGAGCCAUAGGAUUAAACCUCACAGAUCCACGCCCUUGACAAAUCACCAGUGUCAGCCUUUAGCCAAAUCGAAACUGGAGGCCAUCGCGUGCUCCUCUUAGAGCAGCAACUGCAGGAGGAGGAGGAGGAGCACCCGGAAGCAGUGGCCAACGGCCAGCCGCACUUUGCACGCCCGCACUAUGGGCAAUUGCCUGAAAUGCUUCCAGUCUGCCGCCGAACAAUCGAUGCCAACGAACGCCUCGUCCCCCAAUUCACACAAUUCCAACGCCUGCCAGACGGCCACCAGCCUUGCAAACUGCUACGAUUCGGUGGGCACUAAUCCCAAUGCCAACGAGCGCUGCGCCCUCGAAACCGAUGAACUGCUCUCUAGCCGAACUCCACUCAAGCCAGCAAAAGCAAACAAUUGUGAUACUAAGCGUAAUAGUUUUAAGUCUUUAGGUUUGCUUAAUGGCAGUGCGCCCACCAUGAGCGAUAUCAUAACAACUGCUGUCAAGGAAUCCAUGGAGGUGUCGCAUCAGGCACUGAACAAACUAUUCGACGUGUACAAAGAUCCGGACGACGAGGAUAUGAUACUCACGGAUGGAAUCGAACGCCUGUGCAAUGACCUCAACUAUCAGCCCGAUGAGUUCGCCAUUCUGGUCCUGGCGUGGUGCCUGGAUGCCUCUCAGAUGUGCCGCUUCACUAAGGCGGAGUUCAUCGAGGGCCUGCACAAAAUGCGGGCGGAUACAAUAGCCAGCAUCCGGGUGCGGCUGGAACAAACGAUCGAGAUGCUCAAGGCGGACGCCGAGAUGUUCAAGCAGUUAUACCGCUUCACCUUUCGCUUUGGCCUGGAGCCCGAUCAGCGCGUUCUCUCUUUAGAGAUGGCCAUCGACCUGUGGAAACUAGUGUUCACUGUACAAACACCUGAUCUCUUCUCCAACUGGAUACACUUCCUCGAAAAGCACCCGAAUAUUCGCCGCAUACCGAAGGAUACAUGGAACAUGUACCUCAACUUUACGGAACAAUGUGAUAUACAAAAUUACGAUGACACCGAAGCGUGGCCCAGUCUGUUCGACGACUUUGUCGACUAUGAAAAAACGCGGGCAAUGGUGUCGUCGGGCAUCCACGACGAUGACAACAACAACGACGAUCCCCUGCAGAGCCACGUGAAGGCCGGGGAUUCGGGUCUCGUGUCGUAGUAGCAGUCUCCAUGUCUCUUCAGGGCCAAGCAACGUUCAACUCGCCAAUAGAAAUUAAAGAAUGUACAUUUUCACCUUCACUGACGACUCGCUCUCUCUUGCUGCUGCUUAAGUUCCCUCUUAAAAACGAAAAACACCCGUGGCUACUGAAAACGAACGAUGCGGUGCUGGCGCUGCUUGAGGACGGACUCCAACUGCCAUCAUUAGCCAGCUCUUAUUAUUGGCUGGCCAACAUUCUGGCCGGAGCAACAACGGACGCAUUUGUUUAUGUAAUUAAAGACUUAUCGACAAGAAUUUCGGAAAAGCUCAAUCAUCGGAAACCACAUGUGUAUAUACAACUAAAAUGACUUGAAGGCGGAGCAGAAGGCAGACCAUAUAAUACUUAGUAACUAAUUGAUGUAUUAUUUUAAACAAGAUUGCAACAUUUUAUGGCACUUAAAUAUUUAAAUGCAUACAAUUACAUACUUAACUGUAAGUAGUGGAUGUGAAUUAAAUAAAAGCAACUAAAAGAGUAA